AUCACGUGACUUUAUUUUGUAAACAAUGGCACCGUUACAUGUUCUUGUCAUGGGACAUUCAUUCAUACGGAGAUUGAGAGACUAUGUUUUCACAGAUGGAGAUAAUACGAAUUUAAGAUUGCAAGGAGAUCAAUUCGAAGUGGAAUUUCGCGCGGCGGGAGGUUUGACGAUACAUCGGAUGGCUAGUGAUGGACGUUUUACUUCAUUUGAGAGAAUCCCGGACAUUGUGUUCCUUCAGAUCGGUGGAAACGACCUUGACAAUGGAAGAGAUGUUAAAACUGUUACGAGAGACAUUAUAAGUUACGGAAAUUUCCUUGUGAAAGGAUGUAGCGUUCAGUCAGUCAUUAUUGGACAGGUUAUUUGGAGAAAAAGGACCAAUAGUUACAACGCUAAAGUGAUAGAACUUAACAAUGCAUUAAAACAUUGGGUUCAACAACAUGCGGAUGCAAACAUUAUAUUCCAUCACCACCAUGGUUUCUGGUCUUCUAAUUUUGACUUCCUGUCCAGUGACGGUGUCCAUAUAAAGUGUUCCCACACUGACAAGAGGCACAUGCACAAAUACAUGCAAAGUGUCAAGAGAGCUAUUCUGAGAGCGGCUAAUCGUCUCCCUGGGUAA